AUGAAGAGCGGCCCCGACUCGACCAGCAUUGAUGUUGUUGCUCACGAGGGAAGUGGUACAUCCAAAGGAAAAGGGCCCAUUCUGACGGUUCCUGUAAAGGAAGGAAAAGGAGGAAUGAAGAGAGGGAUGGCCAUAAUUGACUUGGUUUUGAGGAGUGGUGCUAUAGUGUCUGCUCUUGCUGCUGCUGCGACCAUGGGAACCAGUGAUCAAAACCUUCCCUUCUUCACCCAGUUCUUCCAGUUUGAAGCUAGCUAUGAUGACAUGCCUAGUUUUCAGUUUUUCCUGAUAGCAAUGUCACUUGUAGCGGGAUACUUGGUGCUCUCAGUUCCCUUCUCCAUAGUCUCCAUUGUUCGCCCCCAUGCAAGUGGACCAAGGCUCUUGCUCCUCAUCCUUGACCUUGUGGCACUGACUCUAGCCACUUCUGCUGCUGGGGCUGCAACAUCCAUAGUCUACCUAGCCCACAAUGGCAAUGCAAGCUCCAACUGGCUAGCCAUCUGCAACCAGUUUGGUGAUUUCUGCCGGAACGUGAGUGGGGCUGUGGUGGCUUCCUUCGUUACUGUCGUCACCUUCAUGUUCUUGAUUCUGCUCUCUGCUUUGGCUCUACGAAAGCAUCACUGA